CUAGUCCAUUCAGUUGUCAUAAAAUCAAUACUCACCUUGCUCUCAGACCUCAAUAAAUGCAGAGAGGGGAAAGGGAAGGUCAACUGUGAAGCGAUCGUUCUAGCCAGUUGAAGUGAAACCAGCUAUAAUCAGCCUACAACAUGGAAAAUGUGUAAUAUCAUGAACUUAUUCAGAUUUAUUUGUACUACUGUCAUGCAUGUCACCAUCCACCCCAAUACCCCAGAGCACUUUUGAUGCACUUCGACUAGUCCACCCCUCACUCUGCAAAAAGAAAGCUAAGUCUCUCUUUGGUUUAUAACACCAUAUUGUUAUAUUGUUUGUUCCUAAUAAUAAACAUGUUGUAACUGAUAACAGGCCAAGUCAAUAACAUAUAAUUCACUGUUGGUCUAUGUGAAAAUCAUCAAUACUAUAUUCACAUUGCACCAGCAUUGGUCACUCUCAGUAACAAUGCACCUUCAAUGCAUCAGUGUCUCUACUAUCACGGGUGCUACUGUGCUGUUCUGCAGAUACUCUGGUUGUGGGCUGGUGGUUCCUGAGAAGCUACAGGGCUGUAAGGUGCUGGAUCUGGGCAGUGGCUCUGGCAGGGACUGCUUCAUCCUCAGUAAACUAGCGGGCCAGAGUGGUCAUGUCAUCGGCAUUGACAUGACAGCAGAACUGAUCCUGGCAUCACACAAAUAUGUCCGGUACCACCAGGAGAAGUCAAACUGUGCCAUGUGUCUGUGUUCUGACAAGAAGCCGGUUCUCAGGGAGGCUUUCAGAGUGCUCAAGGGUGGGGAACUUUACUUUCAUGAGAUAUAUUCCAGCAAGGCUGUUCCGGAACAUUUGAAACAAGACCCAGUUCUGUUGGGUAAACAAGACCCAGUUCUGUGGGGCGAAGGCUUGAGUGGUGCCCUCUACUGGCGAGACCUGAUCUCUCUAGUGCACGAGGUGGGCUUCAGUACUCUAUACAUUCUCACUGCAAGCCACAACGUAGACCACAAUAGUGAGCUACAGAAGAAUGCAAGUGGCAUCACACACACCUCUGCAACUUACCACCUCUUCAAGUUGCCCGAAAAUAGAAAGCAGAGCGACGCAGUGGUGGCUUACAAAGGAACGGUCUCUGACCAUCCCGACCUAUUGAAGUUUGACAUGCCCCAUUGUUUUGAGACAGACAUAGAGGUAACAGUGGAUGAAGAAAUGGCAGCCGUGAUUCAGCAUUCCUGAUUCUCCUCUGACUUCUCCAUCCAAAGCUCAGUCAAACCUGCACCAAGCCCUAAAUGUGCCCCUCAGAGCUGCCACUUUAAUAACCCCUUCCUACUUGCUGAUAACCUCAAACUCCAUUCAAAGUCCUCCACCAAGAUUGGGAACACUGUAGAACCAGUGGAAAAGUAUGACACUACCAACUGAAGGGAGAUACUAUUUUCUUCAUUAAAAUUAAUAUAAUAAACAUGUUACGUGAUUUUGUUAACUACAUUUUUUUUUGUGAUCUGCAAAUAUAUUUAAUGUGGGCUCUGUUUCAUUGUUAAUAAAUGGUUAUUAGAAACGGACUGCGUUGGUCCCUAAGCUUACGCCACACAUUUAAGGUAUUAAAGAGUAUUCUAACAAAUA